CUCGCGCGCAGCACACCGUACCGUAUUACUCUAACUCCUUUGCUCGCUCACCCCAAUACCUGGCCUGACAGACUUUGCGUUCCGCCCUCGGCAUACGCGAUGGCACCGAACAACAACUCGGCGGAGCAAAACUUUCGCUCCAACCUCUCGCAAUUCCGCUGGGCCACGGGAAACACCGACGACUCCCAAGCUCAACAACAGAGCGGUCCUUUCGCGAGGUUCUACAACUCGGUCUCGACGGGAGUCGGCGGUUACAUACCGCUGAGGAGUAGCGAGAGGAGUAACGAAGAGGAGGCUUACUUCGCGCUAUCCAGAUGGGAAAGGUUACUCGGCUUCGGAGCCUGUCUGCUAGGAGCUGCAGUAUGCUUCUUCGUGGCGUUCUUGACACUACCAAUGCUGGCCAUACGUCCGGCCAAGUUCGCGCUGGCGUUCAGCUUGGGGAGCUUGCUCGUGAUGUUUGGCUUCUCGGUCCUCAUCGGCCCCAUAAAUCACAUCAAACAUCUUAUCUCGAAAGAGCGGUUACCCUUCACGGUGGCCUACUUCUCAAGUCUUGCUCUUACUAUAUACUUCUCCGUGGGGGUUCACUCAUACCUUGGCGCUCUCUUAUGUGGGAUUGUCCAGGUGGUAGCUCUCGUUUCAUAUGUGCUCGCGUACUUCCCGGGCGGUAUACAGACACUCCGAUUCGGGGCGUCGAUGGCGUUCAGAGGGGCUGGCAGUUUAUUGCCUAUAUGAGUGUCUGUACCGCGUUCCAUGUAACAUUAAUACCCAGUAUACAUUCUCC